AUGAAGAACCAAAACGAUUCAUGUUCUCAAAUCCCUCUAAAAAUGGCGUUUUUCAACCACUAUCUCCUCAUCUUCAUCCUCUUCGUUCUCUCCGUAGAAUCAGCAGACCCUUCUGCACAGCUCUGUAACGACAACUCAAAUUCCACGACACCUCAAAUCACCAAAAACAUCGACUCCAUUCUCCCCAAACUAGUCCAAGCCACCUCCCAAUUCGGCUACAGUGCAACCUCAUUCGGCCAUGGUGAAACCCAAGUCUUCGGUCUAGCUCAAUGCCGAGGUGACGUCAGCACCCAAGACUGCUCUUCCUGCAUCCAAGAAGCAGCAAAAGAAAUCCGAAGCUUUUGUCCAAAGAAAGUCGACGCUAGAAUAUGGUACGAAUACUGUUUCUUAAGGUACAACACUCAAAACUUCAUCGGGGAACUUGAUACGGGUUACGGGGUUUUUUACUAUAAUGUUGAAAACGUAACCGACCCGAAAACCUUUAACAAGGGACUCGGGUCGCUCAUGUAUCAGAUCAAUACAGUAGCAGCUGUGUCGGGGAGUAAAGGGCUGGGGAAAGGAGAGACGAAGUUGUCGCCAUUUUUGACACUUUAUGCAUUGGUUCAGUGCACCAGAGACUUGCCGGAGCUUUCGUGUAGGCAGUGUUUAGCGAUUGCUGUCGGGAACUUUCCGACGUUUUGUGAAAACAAGAAGGGGUGUAGAGUUAUAUAUAGUAGUUGUUAUGUUAGAUAUGAACUCUAUCCUUUCUUCUUUCCUCUUGAUGAUAAGCAGACGCCUCUUGAAAGCUCUUCGAUGACAAAUUACAGAUCAGUAGUCACAAAAUCUUGA